CAUCCCCUAAAACCCUAUGCCAAACCGGGGGGCGAAAAAAAAAAGAGUAUCACCAACCGGCGGCGGCUGCCAAAAACCUACUCCACCUUACCGCCGCUAUAAACCCUACGAAGAGGGUAAAAAGGAGGCCAGCCAGCCGAAGAAACACCCAGAGGAAGCGGCCGUUUUUGACAUCUCGUAUGUGCGAUUUCGCUGGAAUCCUCCUCGACUGAUUUUACCGCACAGAAGAAAAGAGAUAAAACACGACAAAAAUCUAAGGAAAACGCAAUCACAUCCUCUUCGUCCGUCGCCGUCGUCUCUCUUCAUUGGUAGCAGCUUAAUCCAACCCCAGUCCAGCCCGCCGCCAUGGAGGCGCUGAUGGCCACGGACAAAUGCUUCUCCCCGGCCAGGGCGAUGUCCCCGAUGCCGAUUAUGAGGCCCACUCCCACUCCAUCACCAGAACAUGCCAGUCAGUAUCUGGAGGACUUGUUGCAGGAGCAACAGAAGCUCGGGCCCUUCAUGCAGGUGCUCCCAAUCUGCGGCAGGCUGUUGAAUCAAGAGAUAAUGAGAAUAUCAAACCUGCUUUCUAACUCUGGAGUUAGAGGAAAUGAGAGGUUGCCACCAAUUGCAAGUCCAAACCACAUGCAUCCAUUGCCCCGUGUACCUAAUUUCUGUGGAAACGGUUUCGGUCCGUGGAAUGGGAUGCAUCCUGAGAGAAAUGGUUUUCCUAGGGGAGCCAUGGGCUGGCAAGGUGCCGUACAGAACCAUUCCUCCUACAUUGUCAAGAAGAUCGUGCGAUUGGAAGUUCCAACAGAGGCUUACCCCAAUUUUAACUUCAUUGGCCGUCUGCUUGGUCCGAGGGGACACUCACUAAAGAGAGUUGAAGCUACUACAGGCUGCCGUGUUUUCAUCAGAGGGAAGGGCUCCAUAAAAGAUCCUGUGAAAGAGGAACAGCUCAAGGGAAGGCCUGGCUAUGAACACUUGGGUGAUCCAACACAUAUCUUAAUUGAGGCUGAAUUACCUGCUGAUGUUAUUGAUGCUAGACUGACACAAGCACAGGAGAUACUAGAGGAGUUGCUGAAACCAGUGGAUGAGUCACAAGACAACAUCAAGAGACAACAACUUCGAGAACUUGCCAUGUUGAACUCCGUAUACCGAGAGGAUAGCCCGCAUCAGAACGGCAGUGCCUCUCCGUUCAGCAAUGGUGGCACAAAACAGUGACAGGGAGGCGUUUCAUCUCUGAUCCUUCCCAGAAACUCUCUCAUCGGUCCUCCUCUCAUGACAGACAUAGCUUCUCUGAUGCUCAAGCUCCCGUGAUGGUAUUGGAAUUCAUGCCAUUGCUAGCUGGUGAAUUUUGAUAUCCCUUGUGACAUUGACCUGCCGAUGAGAUGACAAGUAGUGAGGAUGAAAAAAAAACUCCCAUGGCUGUGUACUUAGAAUAUUUCGUUUAUUGCUUCCUUGUCGUCGACUACUAGUGCUGAUAGUGCAGAGACGUCUAAGUUCCGGUACUUUGAGCUCUUUGAUUGACUAAGGUUAUGACUCUGCAACAUAUUUGAUUAUGAUAGUAUUUGUCGACAUAAAUAUAUCUCGAGACGCAUUUUGUGUGGUCUGUUCA